AUGGUCGAUUUCGUGUGGGAUGGCGCUUGUGAUGCAUUCCAACUUUUGCCCCCGCAAGGACACUCCUCACCAGCAGACCAGUAUCGCAUUGCCAGGGUCAACCUCAUCAUUCAGAGUGCUGACCCUCUCAUGUUCAUGCACAAUUUUUAUAUCGACAAGAACAAUAAUAUAAUUGUCCACACAAGAUUCAAGAGCAGAUUCAUUAUGGCCAAUGUGAUCUGGUUCAUGUGGUAUUGGAGCAAUGCAUCAUUUCUCGACACAUCCUUCCUCAAGACUAUCAAGAAUGUCCUAGGCGUGGCUGGUGCAGCUACACACUACACAUUGUGUGAACAGGAAAUGGCACAGUUGGACAUGGACCCCUUUGGUGGCAAAGCCCACCACGACAAGUUCAAAGAAAUCAUUCAAGCAUUUGAUGGACUUACUGGUGCAGAGAAGACUGACUUGGAGCAGCAUUUGUGGUAUAUAUUAGAAAUUGGACCUUCACAAGCACAGGGUCAGAUCUUGUUGGGAUCAGACUCAGACGAGUGA